AUCAGGACAGUCCCAGCGUGGAAAGCAAAGUGAUGUCUGUGGGCAGCCCUGCCAACUCUACCCCGUUGCAGACAGAAGGAUUUGGGCAGAGUUCAACCCCCAAUAAUCGAGCAGUUAGCCCAGUUUCCCAAGGUAGCAAUAGCUCAGCUGCAGACCCCAAAGGUCCUCCCCAGCAGGUGUCUGGUGGGGACCCAUCUAAUUUGGGUGAGAAUCCAGAUGGACUGUCACAGGAGCAGCUGGAGCAUCGAGAGCGCUCGUUGCAGACCCUGAGAGACAUACAGCGCAUGCUUUUCCUGAUGGAGAAGGAGUUUGCGGCGGAGGUUGGCAAGGGGGGCCAAAGCGGAGGGCCGCCUCCAAAUGCUGGUGUGCUGGAUGGUCCCCAAAAGAAACUGAAGGGCCCGAUACAGGCCAUGAUGGCUCAAUCCCAAAGUUUAGGCAAAGGGUCAGGGUCUCGGACAGAUGGAGGGGCUCCGUUUGGCCCUCAAGGACACAGGGACAUGCCCUUUUCCCCAGAUGAAAUGGGGCCACCACCAAUGAACUCCAGUCAGGACCCAGGCCCAGACCACCUGGACCACAUGACUCCCGAGCAGGUGGCCUGGCUCAAACUGCAGCAGGAGUUUUAUGAGGAGAAGAGAAGAAAGCAAGAGCAGGUGGUUGUGCAGCAGUGUUCCUUGCAGGACAUGAUGGUCCAUCAGCAUGGGCCUCGUGGGGUGGUCCGAGGCCCUCCCCCUCCCUACCAGAUGACCCCUGGGGAGGGCUGGGGACCUGGGGGUCCAGAGCCCUUCCCUGAAGGCAUGAACAUGUCGCACUCUCUGCCCCCCAGGGGCAUGGCCCCUCAUCCCAACAUGCCCGGGAGCCAGAUGCGCCUGCCUGGUUUUGCAGGAAUGAUGAACCCUGAUAUAGAGGGCCCCAGUGUCCCAAAUCCUGCUUCCCGGCCUGGGCUUUCGGGAGUUAGUUGGCCAGAUGAAGUGCCAAAAAUCCCAGAUGGACGAAACUUCCCUCCUGGCCAGGGUGUCUUCAGCGGCCCUGGCCGAGGGGAGCGGUUCCCCAAUCCACAGGGCCUGCCCGAAGAACUCUAUCAGCAGCAGCUGGCUGAGAAACAGAUGGGCCUCCCUCCUGGCCUGAACAUGGAAGGCAUCAGGCCUGGCAUGGAUAACAGAAUGAUGCCCUCCCAGAGACACAUGGAGCCUGGGAACAACCCCAUCUUCCCUCGCAUGCCAGUGGAAGGGCCGAUGAGCCCCUCCAGGGGGGACUUCCCGAAAGGAAUACCCCCACAAAUGGCCUCUAGCAGGGAGCUGGAGUUUGGGAUGGGCCCCCGCAGCAUGAAGGGGGACAUGGGCAUGAAUGUCAGCAUGGGAUCCAACCCACCCCUGGUCCCUCAGAAGCUGAGGGAGGCAGGAGUUGGGCCGGAAGAGAUGAUGAAACUGCGCCCCGGCGUCUCGGAGAUGCUCUCCUCUCAGCAGAAAAUGGUGCCGCUGCCGUUUGGGGAGCACCCGCAGCAGGAGUAUGGCAUGGGUCCCAGGCCUUUCCUUCCCAUGUCUCAGGGCCCAGGAGUCGGUCUCCGAAAUCUCAGAGAACAGAUCGGGCCUGACCAAAGGACUAACAACCGGCUCAGCCACAUGCCGCCACUACCUCUCAAUCCCACCAGUAACCCUAAUAGCCUCAACACUGCUCCCCCUGCACAGCGCAGCCUCGGCCGCAAGCCCUUGGAUAUCUCCGCAGCUGGUCAGGUGCAUUCACCAGGAAUCAACCCCCUGAAAUCCCCCACGAUGCGCCAGGUCCAGUCUCCCAUGAUGGGGUCUCCCUCAGGGAACCUCAAGUCCCCUCAAACGCCCUCCCAGCUGGCAGGAAUGCUUGCGGGCCCCACUGCCGCAGCUGCCGCUGCCUCCAUUAAGUCCCCCCCUGUCUUGGGGUCUGCUGCUGCUUCUCCUGUCCACCUCAAGUCUCCGUCUCUCCCCGCACCUUCUCCCGGAUGGACUUCGUCUCCAAAGCCUCCUUUGCAGAGCCCUGGGAUUCCCCCGAACCACAAGGCAUCUCUCACCAUGUCUUCUCCAGCCAUGCUGGGGAACGUGGAGUCGG